CCAUUCCCACUUACAAGCGACUUACCGCGCCUUUAUCGAUACCCGCAUACAAGCGCUAUAGCGCGCCGCUAUCUAUCGCGGCAUAUAAGCGAGUCAGAGCGCCCUUAUCAAUCAACGCAUGCAAGCGCUAUUCAGCGCCGUCACUUUUGGCAGCCAUUUGUUUAUGUUUUUCAACCUCUGACCUCUGUAAAAACUGUUUCGUAACGCGGAUUGAUAUAUUAGCUGCAAUAUUCCAUAAAAAAAAUGUGGUGUUCCUUUUGAAAAUAAAGGAGUAAUCAACGUCCAAUCAGAUGACCCAUAGAUCACGCGGUCUGGCUGGUUUACCGCUAAAGUAUGCGACACCUAUAAAAAAAAGUGCAUGUUGCCCGGAUGAAAUCCCCAAUGUGUCUAUUUUAAGUAUCGGUUAAAAUUAGCAUCCAAUCAAAAUAUCCAUAUUGCACCAGGUGCGAGCGCGUGACAUUCAACAGGUGCCUGACCUUUGCCGAAAAUAGUACAUUAUAGAAAACAAAAAAAAAUGGCUGCAUCAAGAACGAUUGAAGAUAUUAUCAACAGCGAUACCGAUAACGAGGGGGAUUUCGAAGGAUUUUCAUCCGAGUCAGAUAUUAGUGUUUGUUCAGAUUUGUCUGACAAUGAUUCGGAGUCUGAAUCAGAGGUUGAUCAACCCAGAAAUGAUGAAUGGACGAAGAGAUUUACUCCAAUUACGGUCAAUGACUUUACUUGUGAGUCUGGUACUAAGCUUCCUGAUAGCUUUGAUGUGAACAGUGCUUCUCCUCUUGACUACUUCUGGCUACUGUUUAGCAUGGAACUAUUUGUUGAGAUUGCUCGCAAUACUAAUAGAUACGCCAAAUGGAGGAUGGACCAAACAGGCACAGUGGAUCCGUACUGGACAGAGACAACCCCAAAUGAAAUACGUGCCUUCAUAGGGAUGGAGAUCAUUAUGGGGAUCAACCAACUACCUGAUACUAUGAUGUACUGGUCCAAAAAUCCACUGAUUGGGAAUGCCGGCAUUCAAGAUAUAAUGACUGCUAACCGAUACCAAAAAGUGAGACAGUACUUCCAUGUAUCUGAUAGAGAGAAGGAGCCAGCAAGAGGGCACAGAGAUUAUGACCGCCUCUACAAAGUAAGACCCAUCCUUGACCAUGUGACAGUGUCAUUUCUAUUGAAUUACAACGUUGGACGAGAGUUAGCAGUGGAUGAGGCCAUGAUUAGAUACUCCGGCAAACUUUCUUUCCGUCAAUACAUGCCAGCUAAGCCUAUAAAAAGAGGAAUCAAGGUAUGGAUGGCCUGUGACUCCAACUCUUCGUAUUUAUCCAGGUUUCAGGUCUAUCUUGGGCGGAGUGCAGUUGGUGUUGAACACGGCCUUGGAUUUAAUGUUGUGUCUGGUCUGACUAAUAAUAUUCAUGGAACUUACCGCCAUGUUUAUUUUGACAAUUUCUUCACUAGCAUUCCCCUAUUAGAACAUUUGUAUGAAAAUGGAUUGUAUGGUUGUGGUACCGUUAGGGUCAAUAGGAGAGGCUUCCCUACUGAACUAAAAAAACCAAAGGAAAUAAAGAACCGUGGUGAGUCAAUGGUGAUGCAGAAGGGAGACUCAAACCUGAUCGCCACAGUGUGGAAAGACAAGCGCCUGGUACACCACCUUUCCACACUGAAUCAGCCCGACGAUAUACAACCUGCCCAGAGGAGAGUUGGCCCUACUGUCCUCCAGCUACAACAGCCCGCCUCAGUGAAAAGCUAUAACAAGUAUAUGGGUGGUGUAGAUCAGCAUGAUCAACUUCGCAUGAACUACACUGUUGGACGCAACUCGAAGAAGUGGUGGAGAUACCUUUUUUGGUUUCUGGUGAACUGCUCGAUAGUUAAUGCUUUCAUUAUGUAUAAAGAAACAUCAAAACGUCCAAGAAACAAAAAGAGAUAUACACAUAUAGACUUUAGGAUUGAAUUGGCUCAAGGACUUAUAAGUGGGUACACGGGGCGGAAAAGGAAAGCAAGUGAAAUUGACUGUAUACCGUUAGUAGACAGUCAGAAUGUAAGUGGACAUAUCAAUGGAAAACUGUCUGGCCCAAAAGGAAGGUGCCGCUAUCACCUGAAGACUUUAGGAGUACGAAGAGAAACAGUGUAUGGAUGUACCGUCUGUAGAGUACAUUUAUGUAGAGAUGGAUGUCAUGCGAGAUUUCACAAUUUGUAAUGUGAUAGUGUGUAUAAAUAGUCAAUAAUGAGUGGAUAAAACAUAAAAUUCAUAUAAACAGUGGAUAAAACAUGAAAUUCAGUGGAUUUAUUUAUGGAUUAUGGAUUAUAUGUGCUUUUUUGUAAAUGAUGUACAUAGUGUUACUUAGGCAUUUGGUGAUUGGUAAAAAGUGUAUAAAUGAAUAAGAACAUCUAAUGUUAGGACUAUUUGUGUUGUUUUCUUAUGUGUGUAUUGAUUGAUUGAUUGAUUGAUUGAUUGAUUUAUUUAUUAAUUUAUUAAAAUAUUUAU